UCAUUAAUAAAUUAUUUCAACACAUGUGAUAAAAACCAAGGCAACUAAAAUAUCCAUCACAAUCGAGUCACCAGCACAUCACCAGUUUCUCUUCCUGCUUCAUGUGAUAAAAGCAACUCACCAUCCUUGUAAACUAUAACAGCUUCUGACAAGGCAUCCAGACGAAGAGGCCCCAGUGCUUGGUCUGCAAAGGAAAAGGAACGCGAUUAGUGAAAUCCCCAUGGACUUAACAACAUGGACGGCUAACACUUUCCCAUUGGACUUGCAGGAGUCAAACGCCAAUACGCAGGCCAACUCAUCCAUGAACUCCAGUCUUCAGUGCACUGAAAUGGCCCAAUUUCAGCACCACCUUCUCCCCAUUGUCUACAGCAUUGUCUUUGUCUUCAGUUUAAUUGAAAACAUGACUGCACUCUACAUUUUAAAUAAGCAGUGGAAAAGAUCCCCCCAUUUCACUGCCUUUACGCUGAGUAUCAUAAUUAUUGACAUUCUUUUUGCCUUCUCUCUACCGUUCAUGAUUUCAUAUCAUCACAGAGGGAAUGACUGGAUGUUUGGGGAUUUUCUGUGCAAGGUGGCAGGUUGCCUUUUUUUCUGCAAUAUGUACAGCUGCACAAUAUUCUUGUUUUGUAUUUGCAUUGACCGAUACAUUGCAGUUAUGCAUCCUAUCAAGUACCUGCAACUUCAAAAUUCUUUUUAUCGCACAUUCACUUCUUUUACCAUAUGGAUGGUUAUUGUUCUGGCUGCAGUCACAUUUAUUUUACUGGGUUCCAAAACCCGUAAGUUUUCAAAUGGCAAACUUGCUUGUAUGGAAAACUUUUCACAUGAUUUCUGGACUAAGCGACUGGCUGCAUUUAGUACUAUGUCAACAGUUCUGGGGUUCGUCACACCAUUCCUCACCAUUCUUGUCUGCUACUCCAUCAUUGCCAGGCGCAUUAUUGACAUGACCCAGAAAAAGAAAGGCAGUCAGUACUUGAAGAAAAAAUCCCUUUGUACCAUAGCAGGGGUUGUGAUGGUGUUGACGAUCUGUUUCCUUCCCUUCCAUGUUGUUCAGAUUGUGCACAUUUUAUUACGCACCAAUGUACUGCCUUACCCAGGAUUGUUAAAUUUUACAUGUGUUGCUAAACCUGUUGCAACUGUGAUGGCCAGCCUCAACUGCUGCCUGGAUCCUUUUGUGUAUUAUUUUAGCAUUGACAAUUUUGACUUCCUUCCAGCAUGUUUUGCCAGAAGACCCCAAAGAAUUAUUCAGAAAGAAUCGUGUAGUUGAAGCACAUAAACAAGUGAAGGGAAUUGCUGUACACGCCACAACUUUGCCAUUUUAAAUGUCUCUGAAUCUGCA